UCAUUCAAUAUUUCGCGGGAAAUCUAAUGUGUUGGAGGUGAACAGCUGUGUUUUAGCGGGGAAACAGUUUUAUUGAAAUCACUGAGAAAAUGCUUCAGGUCUUGGGAACAAAACUCGGAUUAACAAGUGUUUCAGUCCUCAAACAUGCUAAUGAAAUCUGUCGCAAGAUGGAAAGUGGUCCAAAUGUAAUUUCUUUGUCAUUUCUUCGAUUAAGCCAGUCCUGUAAAUGUGUCAUAGCUUUGGAUCUGGCAGCCAACAAAUUUGGAUGUCAUCUUAAAGAAUCGGACAAGUCGAUGGCCAUAAAACUGUCAGGCUUGAAUAAAAAAGCAUAUUUAAAUUCUUUCAAAACUGUUGAAAGUUUGUUGGGAGAACAACAAAAAUCCUCCAUUCGAGAACUUUGUGUACAGUUUGGGUGUACGGAUAUCGCUGAUGUGGCCCAGGAAACACUCAACAGGUACCAGUCAGCUAUGGUAAAGAAUGGAUGUGCUGAUAUUGACUUCAAAUCAACCCUUUUCUUGGCUGCUGCAGUUGAAGCUGCUUGUCUAAAAUAUAAAUAUAAAAUUGACCGACUGAAAUUGCGAGAGACUUGCAGUGUGAAGAAAGCUGUUUUUCUCCGACUUGUUGAACAACUUGUAAAAUAUGCAGAGGAGAUAAAAAGUGAAGAAAAAGUAGUUGUACAGAAGAAACAUCGUAAUUUUAUUGAAGAAAUUGAUGCAAAAUCCAGAGAAUUUGAACCAACUUCUAAGAAAGCAUUGAUUGAGACUGAAGAACCAGCUCUUAAUUAUGAAGAAUGGAAGCGAAAAAUUUUAGCAACAGCAACAAGAGCAGAAAGUGAGAACUGAAUGAAUCAUCAGCAUCAUUUAACAUCUACAUUCCAUGGAUGUCUUUAAUGUUGUUUUAAUUUUUCUUCUUGUCAUAUCAGCACAUUCCACAUUCUUUGAACUCUCCACUGCAGAUCCAUUUGUUUUCUUGAGAACAACCAUAGGACUCACUUGGUGGCGGAUAGGACUUGUAACCUUAACAAUGUCUGUUCAUCAUCAUCAUCUAAUGUCCAUAUGAUGCUGUUAUAUGAUUCAAGACUAUGAGUCUCUGAAGUAUCAGAUAUCUGAAUCACUGUUUCAAAAGGAUUUGUUGCAGCCAAACUGGGGACUAGCAGAUGGUGCCACCUCUGGAGCUCUCUGUGUCACUCCUUGUAUCCUAACAAAUUUUUGAAGAGUUGUCAUGACUGGAACCAACUCUGCUUUAAGGAACAUUGAUGGCGCUGGUUUCCAUGGUUACAAUUCUUGCUUCUGGAAAUAGUUAUCUUUCAGGCUUUACAUCUGAUCCUUGUGGAAGAAGUUUUGUAAAAUCUGUGUCAAAAUUUCUUUGAUAUCACAGAACUCACAAAGGCAGUGAAUGCAUUUUUUCUCAGCAACAAAGUGGAGGUGCAUGGCCUAAUGGUCAAGGAAUUGGGUUUAUGAUCAUAAGCUCAGAUUUGAUUGAUUCUUGGAGCAGGUGAUAUGACGUGUCCUUGGGUAAGGCACUUCCUUUAAUUGACUGGAAUUGUGUAUCAGUUUUGGGCUAAGUUGGUUCUCUCCCUUUUAGAUGUCAUAUCUUUAGUGUUCCACUGGAUGAAGGAUGGAAGAGCCAAUAAAGUGUCUGUCUGUAUCUGCUUGUGACUAUACAGGCACCUUAACCAAUUAGUGAAAGCAUGGUACAUACUACCAAGCCAUACUUGUUUGUGAGAGUGAUGGCUAUGAUUAUAUAUUUUUUUGUUAGCCUUUUUCAUUUGAGUCUUGUUAAAGAAAAAAAAAUUACCAAAACCCAAAACUUGCUUUGCUUCACUGAAGAGAUAAGAAAUCAUGUCUGCAGUUGUUGUCCUCCAUAUCAGCAUUGUCUCCCUAUCCUUGAUAACAAUUCUUUGUCAUACAGCAGAUACAAAGAACACACACACACACACACCCAUAGAGUAUGAGUUGAUGAUCAUUUUCAUAUUACUUUUCCCCUGUAUUCUAAUUUUGUACAUUAAAUUUUGUUGGAAAUAAAAAUGUUUUACUGUU